GAGUAUACAUUUGACCUAAACCCAUACGACAUAACAAGAAAAUACUGUUUUACAGUACUCCCUCCAUUUCAUAAUAAAUAAAUUAUUGUAUUUUGAUACACAAAUUAAAAAAAAUAUAUUAAAUAUAUAAAUUUAACACAACUUUCGAAUCGUUGGUUUCCCAAUGUAAUGUUAUUUAUCAUUAAAUUGGAAAAAUUGAUUAGUUACCGAAACUUUCACUUUAUUAGUGAGGUCGAUUCUCCCAUAUUAAUCCCCUUUGCACUAAUAUUUUUUUUUUUCUUAAAAAGAAUAUUUUGGUCAUUUUAGGCUCACUAAUUCGCACAUUCCUCUAUUGUGCCUCUGUAUAUGCAAAAAGAUAACAAGUUGCCAUUCCGCUGCCUCUGCUCUCUGUGUGCUGUUGUUCUAUAGUGGCUCCACAAUCAAGAGUGAGAGGUUUGGUAAAAAAAGGAAAAUGGCAAAGAAAGCUUCAUCAAAGUCUCGAAACUCUGCUUCCGCUUCAACUUCAGCCUCUAGCAAAAGCUCCAUGACAGCAACCAAAAGCCAAAUGGUGCUGCGGGUAAAUUCACGCGAGAUAGUAAGUACAGCUGGAGUGAUGCAGUGCAAACCCACAUCAGGGAAGAAACUUAAGGCCACUUCCAAGAAGAAGAUUGCAAAAAUAGAUGCCAAGAAGCCUAAGAAGCCCCCCACCGCUUUCUUCUAUUUCAUGGAGGACUUCCGUAAGGAAUUCCAGGAGCAAAAUCCAGACGUCAGGUCAAUGCGAGAUAUUGGAAAAGCUUGCGGAGAGAAGUGGAAAACAAUGACAUAUGACGAAAAAGUGCAUUACUAUGAUGUAGCAACAGAGAAACGAAGGGAGUUUGACAGAGCCAUGGCGGACUUCAACAAGAAAAAGGAAGGUGGGGAGUUUCAAGAGUAUGAAGAAGACUCCGAUUUUGAUGAAUAGUAUCAGUCAUUCUUUGUAAUCUUCAGCUUUAGAUGUUUGAUAGGAAUAGUGUGUAUUUCGGCAUUACUUCUGUACAUCCAACUAAUCGAUCUGUAGUCUAUCGACUUCAUGUUUUAGCACUUUUGAUAACUGAUCAAACCUGCCUUCCCCAAACAAAGCAGAAUGCUCAAUUAAUGGGUUCUGUA